ACGGAAUACGGAGAAAUGGCAUAUCGGGGUCGACUGAUAUAGUGCGUUGCGUUGGAGACGUUUUUAUUUACUGUUUAUAGUUUGUAACGAAAAAAAAAAAACAAUUGAUUUCGUUCUGGGAACAACUACAACUUAUACCGAAACCAAGUGAUAUUUUCUAUGAAAUUAAAUUAAGUAAUUAAGAAGAAAAUUUCUAAGUGAAACAAAUUAAUAAAGCUAUGCUAUAAAAAAGUCAUUUACAAAUAACAAAGAAAGACUGAAUAGUAGUUAUUUAACAAAAAAGAAGGAUAAAACAAAAGCAGAGCAACACUUGCACACAGAAAAGUUCCAAAGAUUAACAAAACCCAAGAGAAGAGUGUGUGACACAAAGAAAACAAAAACAAACCGUUCCUUACCUUGAUUGGGGGUUUGGAAAAGUUCUUUCUUCCGCGCCGUACCAUGUACCAGGCAAUAACAUCAAUCAAUUGGAUUUCUCUUCCUUUUGUCUGUUGCUGUUGUUAACCCACAGAAGAAAGGGGGUUAACAAUAAAUUUUGCUGCCUGCCUUGUGGCAUAAAAUCUAAAAUUAAACACAUUGGCCGGAUCCAAAAACGAAGGAAGGUAGAUUUAAUCCAUAACUUGACGCCAUGAAGUUCGCCGAACAUUUGACGGCCCACAUAACGCCGGAAUGGCGCAAACAAUAUAUUAACUAUGAGGAAAUGAAGGCCAUGUUAUACAUGGCCGUCGAGGAGGCACCCUCCGUCGAUAGCGUCGAGGAUGAAGUACUUAAACGCCACUUUGCCAAUUUCGAUGAGAAUUUCUUCCACUAUUGUGAUAAAGAACUGAAAAAAAUCAACACUUUCUAUUCGGAAAAAUUGGCCGAGGCCACACGUAAAUUUGCCACCCUCAAAGCUGAACUUAAAACCUGCAUCGAAGAGUCUGAACGUUCGGCCAAAAAGUCGAAAUCAUUAAAAAAGACUGCCGGUCUACCGCAUCGCAAAGCCCAAGAACUGAAAUUAGCCUUCAGUGAAUAUUAUUUGAGUUUAAUCCUGUUACAGAAUUAUCAGAAUUUAAAUCACACCGGUUUCCGUAAAAUUCUCAAGAAACAUGAUAAGCUAUUGCGUGUGGACAGCGGUGCCAAAUGGCGUCAGGAUCACGUGGAGGCAUCACAUUUUUUCACCAACAAAGAUAUUGACAAUAUCAUCAAUGAAACGGAAUCGAUGGUCACCAAUGAAUUGGAGGGUGGUGAUCGUCAAAGGGCCAUGAAACGUUUGCGAGUGCCACCGCUGGGAGAGCAACAAAGUCCAUGGACGACGUUUAAAGUGGGCCUGUUUUCGGGUUCGUUUAUUGUGCUGGGCAUUGUCGUGGUGUUGUCGGCAAUUUUCCACGACAUCAGUGGUGAAAAUCUAAAAGUCACUUUCCGUCUGUAUCGUGGCCCGCUACUCAUCAUCGAAUUCAUAUUUUUGAUUGGUGUCAACAUUUAUGGCUGGCGUUCAUCAGGUGUAAAUCAUGUACUCAUCUUCGAAUUGGAUCCUCGAAAUCAUUUAUCCGAACAACACUUAAUGGAAUUGGCGGCAAUAUUCGGUGUGAUAUGGACCCUCAGUAUGUUAAGUUAUUUAUAUUCGGCCAGUUUGAGUAUACCGGCCUUUAUAAAUCCCCUAACGCUGACCAUUAUAAUGGUGGCAUUUUUAAUAAAUCCCUUCCAUGUAUUUCAUCACGAUGCGCGAUUUUGGCUGCUCAGAAUAUCGGGUCGCAUGAUUGCAGCACCCUUCUUCCAUGUGGGCUUUGCCGAUUUCUGGCUGGCUGAUCAGCUGAAUUCAUUGGCCACAGCAUUAUUGGAUUUCGAGUAUCUAGUGUGUUUCUAUUUUACCAAUGGCAAUUGGUUUGAGGCCAGAGAUGCUUCGAUUUGCAUGGAAAAAGAUUUCAUUAUAAGACCCAUAUUCAAUUGCCUGCCAGCGUGGUUCCGUUUUGCCCAGUGUUUGAGGCGUUAUCGUGACACCCGAGAAGCCUUUCCGCAUUUAGUCAAUGCUGGCAAAUAUUCCACAACAUUUAUGGUUGUGAUAUUUGCUACGCUAAAGAGUUUCAAUAGUCGUUACUAUUCCACCACCUUUGAAAAUCCCUACACUUGGCUAUGGAUAGCAGCUUCGGUGAUAUCAACAAUCUAUGCCUACACAUGGGACAUAAAAAUGGAUUGGGGCUUAUUCGAUAAAAAUGCUGGAGAAAACACAUUCCUUCGGGAAGAAGUUGUCUAUUCAUCGACGGGUUUCUAUUACUUUGCCAUUAUUGAGGAUUUGGUGUUGCGUUGCAGUUGGGCCCUAUCAUUCUAUAUAACCGAAAUGAAAUACUUGAGCGGUGAUGUUAUGACUUCUAUCACCGGUAUACUGGAAGUAUUUAGACGUUUCGUUUGGAAUUUCUUCCGUUUGGAGAACGAACACUUGAAUAACUGCGGUAAAUUCCGUGCUGUGCGCGAUAUUUCCAUUGCUCCCAUAGAUUCGUCAGAUCAGACGCUGAUACUGCGAAUGAUGGAUGAACCGGAUGGUGUUAUAAAUCGUUAUACCAAAACCAAUCGUCCCAAACCGAAAAAGACAAAAGAUCCUGAAAAGAGAAGUUUAUUACCGCCACGUGGCUCUUUGCAGGAUCUUACCAUAGACAUUGAUGGUACCAAGAAAUUAUAGGAGAUGUAAUCAAUUUACAACUAUAAUGCAAGAUUAAGAAAGCCAGCAGGGCUUUCACAAACUACAAAGAAACAAAUAAGAAACAUAUAUAUUUUUAAUUAGUUUAGUUAAGUAAAGAAAAAAGUUUUGUUCUUUUUAAGUUUAAUAUUCUUAAAUAUGUUUAUAUUUUUUAGUACAAUUUUGUUUGUGUGUGUGUUAAAAAUUAUAGCCCACCAUUUACUUCUUGUUAUAUACAUUCCCCUUUUUCCUCUUGUUUGCGUGUUUAUUCUGAAAAAAAAGAAAAAUGUAAAAAAGGUAAAUCAUUUAAAACACCUGUCCUGGUGCAGAGUAUAAAUUGUUUAUUACUGGCAAUUUGUUAGCUUUAUUUUCAUUAUCGUCCUGUAAUUUUUAAGUACUUAAAAGUAAUUCUUCCUCGCAAAAGACUUUUUAAAAAAACAUAUUUGUUCCCCCUCUUCUUUCUCCUCCUCAUUACCACCUCUCUUAUUGAAGCGGCAGUAUUACUUAUAGUUUACUCUUGACUAUUUUUCUUGAUCCCCACGCCCCGCUUAAUUGUUUCCAAAACCAAAACUUAUGCUAGCACAUAAAACGAAAUAACAUUCCCAUUGGAUUAUAAGUCAAUUAAACAUAUCUUUAUAAAUAUAAUUUUGUUUCUUUCUUUUGUUAA